AUGGAUCAACGACAUGUUCUUAUUCGGUUCAAGUUGGAGGAGGAUUUCUACCGUUGUUGGCUUUGGGGUUUAUGGAUGAUUCAAGAGUUUCCUAUGAGGGUUUUCAAAUGGGCUCCGGACUUCAAACUACAUGCAGAAUCCUCCCAUGCUCCGGUAUGGAUUGGUUUGGAGGGGUUGCUAGUGCAUUUUUUUGAUAAGGUUGCGUUGUUUUCUAUUGCAAGUGUCAUUGGAGUUCCGUUAAAAAUUGACGUUGCGACGGCAACAUUAGCUCAUCCAACUGUGGCUAGGAUUUGUGUGGACGUUGAUUUGUGUGGGGAGUUGCCCCAGCGCGUAUGGAUUGGUAUAGCAAAUGAUGGGUUUUGGCAGUAUAUUGAGCAUGAGAACUUGCCUUCUUAUUGUGCGCAUUGCCGUAAGCAAGGACAUGGGAGGGAUAUCUAUAGGAAACUCCUUCUGGUGCAAGCGAAGAGCAGGGAGGAGGUCGGUGAACAGGUCCCAGUGUUGCACGAUAAUAAGGGUGUUGCCGCAGGAUCGACUGGGUGUGAUAGGAGGGCAUCGCCUGUGAGGGCUGGGGGUGGUGGGUCAGACACAACCCCAGGUCAGAAUGACAAUUUAUAG